AUGUCUGUCGCUCGUUUAACUCGUCUCACUAAAGACUUAACGAGCUUAGCACCAUGGGCCGUUCCUGGAUCCAUUUUGGCUGGCUGGAUGGCUUGGCCUGCACUAACGCCUGCUUUUAAAGAGCAAACGUUGGGUCUGAAGCCCACACCAGUAUCUAUGACUUUGACUUCUGGUAAUAAUAAGGAUGUAUUCCGUUCUUCUGGCAAGUACAAAUACGUAAAGAGCGAGAUCGGAGAACCUCCGGUUUUGGAAGAGGAAUAG